AUAGAUGUGUUAUAAACUGAAGAUACCUGUGUAACCUCCCUAUAGAAUCUGUAAAGUGUAAUAAUAAACCUCUCUUUUGCCAAUUACAACUACACAUUGCUGGGCGGGGAUAAGAAAGAAGCACAACUCCCACCUGCUGAGCCCUCCUUUAAAUAAGUCACCUGUAAACCAAGCUAAGUCCCCGGGUAUUGUCACUCUGCCCCCCUGCAGGAUUCCAUCUCACCUGACUUCCCCUCCCAUAGCCCUUUCCUCCCAGAUUCCCUGCAGUUGCUGGCACAGCUCUUUGGUCCUGAAUCACUGAUAGCAGCACCUCUCCACCUCUUAGCUGGCGCAUUCCUUUUCAUUGCCAGUUUAUUUUGGGCUAUUAGUCAAUCAAAGGUAUUUUUUUAUCUUCUUCCUCUAUAAAAGUUUAUUUUCCUUUUUGCCAAACUUUUACUCUCCUGAUUACUAUAUCUCCUACUGCUGCCAGCUGGCUUAUUACUGCCACUUCUGAUGUUGAACUUCUUUCUUCCUACCCUCUCAGUUAUAUCACUGGUUUAAUCACCUGCAUUCCUUGAGGGCCCCCAGCUAUACGUUAGCUCUAGUCACACUAGCUAGUAGGUAAACCCAAGGUGUCACCAUGAGCACUACAGCAGGUGACAUCGGUUCCUUCACGGUCUGGGACUAUGUUGUGUUCGCCCUUAUGCUGCUCAUCUCUGCGGUCAUUGGGAUCUAUUAUGCCUUUGCUGGGGGUGGCCAGAAGACCUCCAAGGACUUCUUGAUGGGAGGCAGAAGCAUGACAGCUGUGCCAGUGGCUCUGUCCCUUACUGCCAGCUUCAUGUCAGCGGUUACUGUGCUGGGGACACCAUCCGAGGUGUAUAGGUUUGGGGCCAUGUUCAGCAUUUUCGCCAUCACUUAUACUCUGGUGGUGGUGAUCAGCUCGGAGGUCUUUCUGCCGGUGUUCUACAGACUGGGCAUCACUAGCACCUAUGAGUAUCUUGAGUUGCGCUUUAAUAAGUAUGUGCGCCUUCUGGGGACCGUGCUUUUCAUUAUACAAACGAUUUUAUACACUGGGAUAGUUAUUUAUGCUCCAGCACUGGCGUUGAAUCAAGUCACUGGGUUUGACUUGUGGGGUGCCGUCGUUGCAACCGGUGUAGUUUGUACUUUUUACUGCACACUGGGUGGCCUUAAAGCCGUAGUGUGGACUGAUGUAUUUCAAGUUGGAAUUAUGGUUGCUGGUUUUUCUUCUGUAAUUAUACGAGCUAUUGUUGUACAAGGCGGAAUUGGACCAAUUUUGAAUGAUUCAUACUACGGAGAGCGUCUAAAUUUUUUUGAUUUUAAUCCAAAUCCACUGCAGAGACACACAUUCUGGACCAUAGUUGUAGGAGGUACCUUUACCUGGACAGGAAUCUAUGGUGUCAAUCAAUCCCAAGUACAGAGAUAUAUCGCCUGCAAAAACAUACUUCAUGCCAAAAUGUCUCUUUAUGUAAAUCUACUUGGACUCUGGGCAAUUCUGGCCUGUGCUGUGUUAAGUGGACUUGCUAUGUUCUCAAUAUAUAAAGACUGUGAUCCUUGGACUGCCAAUUUUGUAUCAGCCCCUGACCAGUUGAUGCCUUACCUGGCACUGGACAUUCUUCGGGACUAUCCAGGCCUCCCUGGUUUGUUUGUAGCGUGUGCAUACAGUGGGACGUUAAGCACUGUUUCCUCCAGUAUCAAUGCAUUAGCUGCAGUAACGGUUGAAGACCUGGUAAAACCAUACUUCAAAUCACUCACUGAAACAAAGCUGUCCUGGAUUUCAAAAAUAACAAGUCUUGCGUAUGGUGCAGUAUGUAUUGCAAUGGCCGCACUGGCCUCACUUAUGGGGGGUUUAUUACAGGCUGCUCUCUCUAUAUUCGGCAUGGUUGGAGGACCAUUGUUAGGGCUUUUUUCUCUGGGAAUUCUCUUCCCCUUUGCAAAUCCAACUGGUGCCAUAGUGGGUCUUCUCGCUGGUUUUUCAGUUUCAUUAUGGGUUGGUAUUGGAGCUCAAAUUUAUCCUGCACUUCCCAUACGGAGUAUGCCUAAAUACCUUUCAGUAGAGGGCUGUAACUUCAGUGACAUAGCUACUAGCAAUUUCACUAGCAACUGGACAUCACCCAUACCACUCUCCACAGUUGCUGCCUUAACCACUGGAGAGCAGAUUGCUGAACGAUCUGCUCUUGCAGAUAACUGGUACUCAAUGUCAUAUCUCUACUUCAGUACAAUUGGUACAAUAGUUGCUGUUUUGGUGGGUGUAAUUGUCAGCCUGUUAACAGGUGGAUUAAAACAAAAUGUAAAUCGUGACUUUCUGUUAACUUCUCAAGAUUGUUACAACCCUAUGCAUCUAUUUACAUGCUUCAAGAAUGAAGAGGCUGAGAAGGUUGAAGUUUUGAAUUGGAAGCCUCAGCUGGAUAAAGAUCCAUAUGCAGAUCAAGGAACAGACAACCCGGCGUUUAACCAUCUUGAAAUGCACCACAAAGAAAUGAAGGAAAACUCUAAUGGAAUUAAUACACAAGAAAAGACAUUUUAAGAACAUUAUCUGCUGCUGAAUCUGCAUCCGUUGUGCACUUGGGUUCAGAUCUCAGUUGACUUUCUCUCACACCAGGUGGCAUCAUUAUGAGCACAUGAGCAAAUUACAAACAUUUUUAUAAAUACCCGAGCACAGCUAAUGGUUGGCAGUGCUGGAAACCCAAUGAAGGAGCACAGCUAGUGAAUUACUUCACCAGCCAGUCAAGUUCACCUGUGUGUUUAGGUGAUGUAGGCUUCUGCAUAUUUGCUUUAAUAAACAAUAGGCAAAUAAACAUCUGCCUAAUUGUCUUACAAUAACUCAGGGCCUCUCAAUGAGAAAUAUAAAUAGACUUUAUUUUUCUAUGGACUAUACAACCUGCAUAUUGAAUUAAAGGGACAGUGUAAUCUAAACUAUCUCCCCUUUAAUUUGUUACAAAUUAUCUAUUUUAAAAGAUAGAGGGUAUUAAAUGGUUUACACCUAUUUCCUUUACCUUUAUUUGGGUACUUUAAAUAACUAAUUUUGCCUUUGGUAUCCCAACCCAUACUGAAAAUUUAAAUACUAAAGUUUUGACUAUAGAAAAGCUAUUUAAACAUAGCUAGCAGAAGAAAUUACUUUCCCAGUGGGAGGUAGGAGAGAAAAGUAAUAAAAUGCGUAUUUUCAAUUGCGCUCUCUAAAUAUUGGGUUUUGAUAUGCAAACAGCAACAAGAUAAGGAAGUAUGUGUGAGUAUAUAAAGUGAUACAAUAAGGAGAUCUGAUUUCCCUGCACGAACAUCCCAUUUUAAUAGGUUGUGGUGUCAAAGAACAAAAUCAGUUAUUUCAUAUGAAAAAAAUAAAAUAAACCCAAAGGAGCAAUAGUUUGUACAUUUUAUACUCUGCAGUGGAUAUAGGGGAAACCAAUUUUACACUACACUGUCUCUUUAAUUUUAGUGAAAUAUAAAUUUUGAAACUAAAAUGUGCCUUUUGUUUUGACCUUGUUCAGCAAAGGUUUUUGUUAAAGGGAUAGAAAGGUCAAAAUUAAAAUGUGCAGGGGGUUCAUUUCAAUUUUAAAUAAAAACAUUUAUACAAUAUACUUCCAUUAACAAAAAUGCUUCCAGUAAAAUGUAUUAGUUUUCUUAUGAGGGCCUAUGUAGUAGUAUUGCCUUGCCUUCUCAGAGAGCUGACGGUGGCAUCGUGUAGGGCAUCUUUAAAGACUUAAAGGGAUAGGAAGCCACAAAAUGUUCUUUCAUGAUUUGGCUAGAACUUUUCAAUUUACUUCUAUUGUCAAAUUUGCUUCAUUAUCUUGUUAUCCUUUGCUGAAGGAACAGCAUUGCACUACUGGCAGCUAUCUGAACACAUCUAGUUAGCCAAUCACAAGAGACAAAUGUGUACAGGCACCAAUCAGCAGCUAGCUCCCACGAGUGCAGGAUAUGUGCAUAUUAUUUUUCAACAAAGGAUACCAAGAGAAAGAAGCACAUUUGAAAAUAGAAGUAAAUUUAAAAGUGUAUUAAAAUGACUCGCUCUGAAUCAUUCAAGUUUUAAUUUUGACUUUCCUAUCCCUUACAUUUGUGUCAUACAAGCCACUACUGACAUUAGGAGAAGUUGUGGUGUUUGAAUACUCGCACCCAGGGCUUCACAGCAUAUGUGCGUAUGCCACAGGGCAACAGUAAUAACUUUUUUAUUAGCAUUUUUGCUAAUGGAAGUGUAAUACAAAUACACUUCAAUUUAACAAUGAAAUGCACCCAUCCACUUUCAAUUUAACAAUGAAAUGCACCCAUCCACAUUUCCCGUUUGACUUUUCUAUCCCUUUAAGUUGUUUUUUUUUUUACAGAAAAAAAUAAAUAAUUCAGAAUGUAUUUUUGGAGACAUUUGUACAUAAAUAUAAAUAGUAAGUGAUUCGUUUUCAUGACUUGAUUGUAUAAAAUAACAUUAAAAAAUAAAUUUGAAA